AUGGAGUUGAAUCUGAGUUCUCUCGAGGACUCCAAGGUAUGGGGAGCGAUCCACAAGCUACUAAAGAUCGAGUCUCCACGCAUGUACAAGAGUAAUGAAAGCAGUCAGAGCUCGGGGCAGAGCUCCGUCAGAAUGGAGGAUGGGAGGCAGCCAACGGUCGUGCUAGCAACAGCCCAUGAUGGAGGGAGGGAGGAUCGCGUGCAUGAUCAGCUGAAUCAGACGCUGCUGGCGAACGAGCGCCUACUUGCCUGGAAAGAUCAGGCGAUGCAGCAGAUGCACUACAUGCAGACCGAGUUGGGGCGAGUGAAAGAGCUGCAGGAUGAGAUCUCGCGACAGCGAUCAGACAUCCGAGUGCUGAAUGAGAGGCUGAGAAUGGAGACAAUGCAGUCAGCUGACUUCAAGCGCAAGAUCGAUGAAUCCUUCAAACUCAUCACGGAGAUGAAAGAAGCUCACUCCAAGGACGUGAACGAGCUCAACACCACUCGAGCUCAGCUGGUGAGCGCGAAACAUCAGUACGAGGAGCUUCAAUCAGCUCUAGAGCAGGCCAAUGAGGCCAUCAAGCUGUACGAGAGCACCAAAGACAUGAUGCUGAGCUUUCAAAAGACGAAGAGGAAUGAGUUUGAGACGAAAGUGAAGGAGCUAGAAGACAAGAACAACAAGUUGGAAGCACUGUUGCAUGAGACGAAAACAGCAGCUCUCUGCAAUGUUCGUGCGAGCCUCCAGAUAGUCUCAGAAGAGGAGGAGGAGGAAACGACAGCAGAGAUGGAGGAGAGAUGUGUUCAAACAGAGAUCGAAGGAGACAGCUUGGACAGAUAUCACAAGAUAGCACUCGAGCAGUUGAAGUCAAAUCAUGAGUACGAGAUGAGAAAUCUGAAGAAAAUCAGCGACGAGUCCCUGGAACAUCUUAGAUCGCAGGUGGAAGGACUUGAGAGGAGGGUGGCAGAUGGAAAAGAGAGGGAGAAAUCUCUCAAUACUCAUGUCGACAAGCUCAAUGCUUUACUCGAUGCUGCCAAUGUCGACAACUUCCAGUUGAAGAUGGAGGGGAAACGGCUAGCUCAGAACAUCGAGCUUAUGUCCAAGGAGCUAGAAGACUCUCUUGCCAUCUCCCGGGAAGCAGAGAAGGUGGAGGGAGGGCUGCUGCGUGCUCGAAGCGUGUUGUUGAGGAGAUGGGAGGAGGCGAGGGAGCAGGUGGAGGUAGCGAGAAGUUUCAGUGGGUGGAGGAGGCGGGAAGAACGAGUCAAGUGGGUGAGGAGAUGUAUAGACCUUUCUUGCUCCAUCUCUUCGUCCAGGCUUCAGUUCCGCUUGUUCAAGUGCGCCGUCGUCGCGCACCGAGAGCAGGUUGACGGCAACCGGCGCGUUGCCAACAGCAUGAGGAUAAAGAAGAGAAGGGAACUCGGACGUAGCUGCUUGCAGACUUGGAAGGAGGAGGUGAAGAGCAGCUCACUGACGUCAUUGACUGUCCGAAAGAUCCUCCAGUCAUUCCUCGUCACCUCUCCAAGGGAGUCCUUCCUGCAGUGGGCAAGGCUGGUGCUGUGGAGGAGACGAGCAACUCGACAAGCUGAGAUCAUGGUGGAGCAUCGGAUGAAGCGAGAGCUGGAGAGAGCGUUGGACGGGUUCAGAGCAAGGACGCAGCGAAGAGAGCGAAAGGCGAUGAUGGAACGUAAAGUGACGGGCAUGAGACAAGCAGCUUCGAGGAAGCUUGUCAAGUUUUGUUUUCUCUCGCUGUCUGACCGCGCAAGGUUCGUCAAGGACAUCUGGUCGACGGUUAUGGGCAGGACGGAGACAAGCAGCAAGCACCAGCUGCACCUUAUCUUGACUGCCUGGCUGUCUCUCUGUGCUCCCAAGGUCUCAGGUGCGGAGGGAAGCAAUGAGAUUCAGCUGCCUCUACAUGCUGACAACAUCCAGCGACGGCGCGCGAUUGCCCUGAAGCAGCGACGCUUCUCUCAGUGGGUCUGCUUGUCAGACCUCGCCAGUAGAAAGAAGGAGCGAUGGAACAUGUCUCGAAGACACAGAGAUCGCACGCUCACAAGGAGCAGCUUCAACCUGUACCAAGACAAGUCAAGGAGAGGAAAAAAGUUCCGCAGGAGCCUCGUUCGCAUCCUCGAACUUGCAGAUCAAGACUGCAAGAAACUUUCCGUCUCCUCCUGGAAGAAGUUUAUCGACAUGUCACAUGACUGCCAGGCCCGCGCAGCCUCGCUGAGCUCCUUGUGCUCCAAGAGGCUGCUGACCCGUUGCUUCUCCUCCUGGUCCUUCGCCUCCUUCGAUCGCAAGCUCGAGGCUCGUCGCUCCUCCCUCCGAUCGGCCACGAGCCUCUGGGCCAGCCAUGUCAUGCGCGUCAAGUUCGCCAGCUGCAGGAACGUCGAGGAAGGGUACAGGCUGCACGUGAGCGCCUUACAUGCGAAGAAGAACGACCAGCCGUCGGCAGGCUUGACCUCACUCCCCAUGUGUGACAGAUGCUUCACCUCGCAGGUCAUGGCAGUGAGAUGUUACGAUGACGACGACGAUGAUUAUGCUGUAGUCAUUGCGUCCGCUGCUUCUGCUGCUGCUGCCCUUGUUGUUGCUGCUGCAGCUGCUGCCCUUGUUGUUGUUGCUGCUGCCCUUGUUGUUGUUGCUGCUGCUGCUGCUGCGGCUGCUGCUGCAGCUGCUGCCCUUGUUGUUGUUGUUGCUGUUGUUGCUGCUGCUGCUGCUGCUGCUGCUGCUGCUGCUGCUGCUGCUGCUGCUGCUGCUGCUGCUGCUGCUGCUGCUGCUGCUGCUGCUGCUGCUGCUCUUGCUGAUCGUUACUUCAGGAUUUGA